AUGUUAAACCUAAGUCCUCGAAUACUUUCCGUUGCUCUCUUGAGUGAAAGUUUCUUUUGUGGCGCGCUCACUGUCCUCUUCGGGGUCUCAGUGUUUCGGAAAAUACGGACAAGAACCACCUAUGUCUUGCUGGCGGUGAAUAUCGUGCUCUACUCCAUCUCUGUACUCCAUUGGAUAGUAAACUCCAUGGUCAUCCUGGGCGUUGUGUCGAUGGGUAGGGCUGCAACGCACAUCCUGAUUGAAGGGUUGCCCGUUAUCAACUAUGUUCUCUGUGAUGCCGUCGUAGUAUGGCGAGCUUGGUUGAUCUGGGAGUGCAACACCAAAAUAUGUAUUCCUUCCUUCGUCUGUCUUGUUGGGACACUAGCCAGUGCUCUGAUAAGUGCAAUUAGACAGGAUGAUGCACCCCUCGCUCUCGCAUCGUUGGUCUGGGGCUUUCUCUUGGCUUCUAAUCUGUGGUCAACGUCGAUAAUAGCCUGGCGAGCAUGGCGGCACAGGCAAUUGAUUAAAGCCCUGCUGGGAGAAGGGACUGCUAGAACAAAUGUGGAGAAAAUCCUCGGCCUCCUCAUAGAAUCAGGGGCAGUAUAUUGCUUUAUAUGGUCGUUGUACAUCCUGAUUUUCUAUGUCCUCAGGUCCGCGGCGUUCAUACCAGCCGUUAUUCUUGACCAACUUGUUACUUGCUAUCCCAAAUCGCAUCCUUAG